AUGCCAGAAGCAAAAACAAUUGAAAAGAAAAUGUACACGAAAUUCGGUUUCAAACUCAAUCCUGAUGUGAAUCCGUUCAGUAUACCUUCGAAGACCAUCAAGCCGAAGGAUAAUAUUAUCAAGCAAGGUCUCAGAAGACAGGCGACCCUGCCCUCACUGGCGGGGACCACGCUACGGAAGGAAGCUGCCAAGCAGACCGUCAUGAGGGAGAAGUCCUUCACUGAUAAGAGGGACGAAGCCAGGAGAGAGAACAGAACAGUCAUUAAAGGAGUGCGGACAAACAGACGGUUUGAACUACAGAUGAAGAUGAGGAACAUCAACUAA